GUACAUGGUGGGCACUGACCGGGAGCAAGGGCAACCCGCGGCAAUCUGCAGGGUUUUAUGAUCUGGACGGCGAAAUCGGGAGAUGACAGCGGCAGGGAUGCGCGUGGUGCCCCCUGGGAGUUGUAGUGCAUCCUGACCGCCUGCCGCACGACGUACGGAGGAGCGGACUACAUUUCCCGGCAUGCGCAGCGCACCGCUCGCCUGCGCAGUGAGCGCGCUGGGAUUUCGCUUUAAAUCACCCGGUGUAACGGGGAGCGGGAUCCAAGGAUCCGGAGCGAGCAGAGCGGAGAAGCUCCGGACUCAGCCUUCUCCCGCACUGCCCUCUCCCCCACCUUUCCUCAAUGUAGGCCUCGUUUUGCAAACCGGACGAGGUUCGCUGUCAUCUGUUCAUUUCAUCGAUCAGAAUUAAUUCGCUGGGGUCUUGAGCUGGGCAGGUCGCCUUGCCGGAAAGCGAUUAAAGAUGGGAAACCGUGGGAUGGAGGAGCUGAUCCCGCUGGUCAAUCGGAUGCAGGAUGCUUUCGCUCAGAUCGGACAGAAUGCCAAUCUGGACCUACCCCAGAUCGGGGUGGUCGGAGGGCAAAGCGCUGGGAAAAGCUCAGUGCUGGAAAAUUUCGUCGGAAAGGACUUCCUUCCUCGUGGAUCUGGCAUCGUCACCAGGAGACCACUUGUUCUUCAGCUGAUCAACUCACCAACAGAGUAUGCAGAGUUCUUGCAUUGCAAAGGGAAGAAGUUCACAGACUUUGAUGAAGUGCGGCAGGAAAUCGAGCAGGAGACAGAUCGGGUGACAGGCAGCAACAAGGGGAUAUCACCCAUUCCAAUCAACCUGAGGGUCUACUCACCAAACGUCCUUAACCUGACACUGAUUGACCUCCCUGGGAUGACCAAGAUUGCUGUGGGUGACCAGCCCCUGGACAUUGAGUUCCAGAUCAGAGAUAUGCUUAUGCAGUUCGUUACCAAGGAAAACUGUCUAGUUCUGGCAGUGUCCCCUGCCAACUCCGACCUGGCCAACUCUGAUGCCCUGAAGAUAGCCAAAGAGGUUGAUCCACAAGGCCUACGCACAAUCGGUGUCAUCACUAAGCUGGACUUAAUGGAUGAAGGAACAGAUGCCCGUGACAUCCUGGAGAACAAGCUCUUACCCUUGAGACGAGGUUACAUCGGGGUGGUGAACAGAAGCCAGAAGGACAUCGAUGGGAGAAAAGACAUCCAAACUGCUUUGGCAGCUGAGAGAAAAUUCUUCCUUUCACAUCCGGCCUAUCGGCACAUGGCAGACCGUAUGGGGACACCUUACCUCCAGAAGGUCCUCAAUCAGCAAUUGACGAACCACAUCAGGGAUACACUGCCUGCCCUUCGCAACAAGCUGCAGAGUCAGCUGCUGUCCAUUGAGAAAGAGGUGGAAGAAUACAAGAACUUCCGUCCUGAUGAUCCUUCCAGGAAAACCAAAGCUCUGCUCCAGAUGGUCCAGCAAUUUGCUGUCGAUUUUGAGAAACGCAUCGAAGGAUCAGGGGACCAGAUUGACACCUACGAGCUGUCGGGUGGGGCGAGGAUAAACCGAAUCUUCCACGAGAGGUUCCCCUUUGAGCUUGUCAAGAUGGAAUUUGAUGAGAAGGAGCUGCGACGGGAGAUUAGUUACGCCAUCAAGAAUAUCCAUGGAAUCAGAACGGGGCUUUUCACUCCCGACAUGGCAUUUGAAACGAUUGUGAAAAAGCAGAUCUUGAAGAUCAAAGAGCCCUGCCUCAAAUGUGUGGACAUGGUUAUCAAUGAGUUAAUCAGUACGGUUAGGCAGUGUACCAAGAAGCUGGGCCAGUAUCCGCACUUGCGGGAAGAAAUGGACCGGAUCGUGACCACUCACAUCCGAGACCGGGAAGGCAGGACAAAAGAGCAGGUCAUGCUGCUGAUAGACAUUGAGCUGUCCUAUAUGAACACAAACCAUGAGGAUUUCAUUGGCUUUGCCAAUGCACAGCCAAGGAGCUGUCAGCUGAGCAAGAAGAAGGCUGCAGGCAAUCAGGAUGAAAUUAUGGUGAUCAGGAAGGGGUGGCUGACCAUCAAUAAUAUCGGCAUCAUGAAAGGAGGAUCCAAGGAGUACUGGUUCGUGCUUACGGCUGAGAAUCUAUCCUGGUACAAGGAUGAUGAGGAGAAAGAGAAGAAAUACAUGUUGCCUCUCGAUAACCUGAAGCUGCGUGACAUAGAGAAAGGGUUUAUGUCCAGCAAGCACAUAUUUGCUCUCUUCAACACAGAACAGAGAAAUGUUUACAAGGAUUACCGGCAGCUGGAGCUGGCUUGUGAAACCCAGGAGGAGGUGGAUAGUUGGAAAGCUUCAUUCCUUCGAGCUGGUGUCUAUCCUGAAAGAGUCGGGGAUAAGGAAAAUCAAACCGAGAGUGAAGAGAAUGGCUCUGGGGACAGCUUCAUGCACUCGAUGGACCCCCAGCUGGAGAGGCAGGUGGAGACCAUCCGCAACCUGGUUGACUCGUACAUGGGUAUUGUCAACAAGACCAUCCGGGACCUCAUGCCCAAGACGAUCAUGCAUCUCAUGAUCAUCAAUACGAAGGACUUCAUUCACUCUGAACUCCUUGCCCAGCUCUACUCCUGUGCAGACCAGAAUGUCCUGAUGGAAGAGUCUGCCGAGCAGGCACAGCGCCGUGAGGAGAUGUUACGGAUGUACCAUGCGCUGAAGGAAGCCUUGAAUAUCAUCGGUGACAUCAACACCAGCACCAUUAGCACCCCUCUCCCACCACCUGUAGAUGACUCCUGGCUGGGAGUCAGGGAAAUACCAUCUGGGAGAAGAUCUCCAACCUCAAGUCCAACACCACAGAGAAGAGCUCCUGCUGUUCCCCCCGUCAGGCCUCUGUCCCGUGGCCCUGCCCCUGGUCCACCACCUCCCUCUGGACCACCUCCUCAAGGACCACCCGGCAGUGCCCCGCCAAUCCCCUCUCGACCUGGGACCGAUUCAUUUGGAGCUCCACCUCAGGUCCCCUCCCGGCCUAACCGAGCUCCGCCCGGGGUCCCCAGAAUAACAAUAAGUGAUCCCUGAGGACAUUAACCCUCGACUGAUCUCUUUAGAGAAUAUCCCAGGUUUGGGAGAGAGGAAAUUUCAGGAGCUGAACUGACACCCCAGAGAGGAUCAUCACAGGAAAGGAAAGCUGUCAACUGGCGUUUCACAAAAUUAUAAGGUGGAGAAAUUUCACCUCCACCUGGGUGUUAAAAUCUUUCUAAAAUAAUCUUUAAGAAUCGUGAAACUGUCAGAAUGUCUGCAUUACCUUCACAAUCCUGUGAAAGAUACCUUACUCUUUUAUUUUCCAUUUUGCCUUGUAUUGAUAUAACCAGAUGUGACUGGCCUCAUUAUUUUCCUUUCUCUCUCUCUCUCUCUCUCUCUCUCUCUGUUUCUUCUCUCUUUCUCAUAUUUUUAGGCAAACUAAGUGGCAGCCCCUGAGGCAUAGGAACCCAGUGCCCCUCCUUGAAACUCUAGUCUGUUUUAGCUUGCUGUGCAUCAAAUCUCUUCAGCAUUCUGUCUAUUCCGAAAUGAAACAAUAUAAAUAUAUAUAUUACGUACGCUGAUGUCUGCAUAUUUUUGCUGUUGCACAUAUCUGGGAAAUAGAGUUCCUGCUGUAUAAUUCCUUGACUAUCUCUUGCACUCUGUAAGAACCAUUUUGUUAAGGUGUUACAAAUGCCUAUCCUCAGUGUGUUCACGUGUGUUUCAGGGAGAAAACAAAAUGAACCUGUCAUGCUUUUGUGUAGAGUUUUAGUUUAAAUGAAACUGUGAUGGUGUAUAUUAAUAAAGUAAAUAUCUGGUAUACAGGCAUAUGAUUUGAAAUCUGGGUAUAUCCAUGGUGAAAUGAAUUAAAUCUGAUGCUAAAGGUGUAUUUAUGCUUUGAAAGUGACCUGUGGCAUAUACAAAAAUGACAUAUCUGUGUAAUCAAAGUCUCCUUUAUUUAAAUAAAGCUGUAUCUUUGUGGAGGCUAUUGAUCUAUGCCUGACUUUUUAUUUCCUCUUGUGUCCGAAGCUGAGGCCUAAGAUCGUUUGAUGCAGAAUGAUGAAGCCAUGGUUUAAAAGUAAAGGGUUUUUUUUUGUUUAUUGAGCUACAGUGCAGAAUAGGCCCUUCUGGCCCUUUGAGCCAUGCUGCCCAGCAAUCCCCCGAUUUAAUCC